AUGAGACGAGAAGGCUUUUGCCGGUGGCAACAUGCCUGCCAGCUGCUUGAUGCCACAGGUGAUGCCUCACUGGAGCUGGAUGUAUCAUGCUUCAAUUCCAUGGUUAAAUCAGCAGCCGGUGAGAGGCUUUGGCAACUGGCGCUAGCUUUGCGGCAAGAGAUGCUUAACCGAAGUGUGAGGCCAAAUGCGGCUAUCUAUACCUCUUCACUCAAGGCCUUGAGAGGAGCACAUGGUUCGGUCAGUCGUUGCAGGGAUCUCAUCGGAGACAUGCUCUCAAGGAGGUUGAUGCCUACCACUGUUGUUCUAAAUGCCGCCAUUGGCGUUGCAAGCGCCCUUUCCGCCUGGGAAGAGGCCUUGUCCUACAAUUCAUUGGCGAAGGAGUUUUCUCUGGAACCUGACCUCUUCACGCUUAGCUCCAGCAUGAGUGCUUGCACGCGUGGCUCAGCAUGGAGAGCUGCCAUUCAGCUUUUUCAGCAGUCUGAUCUGGCUUCGAACACGGUUACCGACAAUGCCGCGAUAAGUGCAUUUGCCGCCGGCGGAGACUGGCAGGGUGCCCUGGCGAUGCUAAGCCAUAUGGAUGAUGCAGACGACAUCUCGUAUGUGGCAGCUAUCAGUGCUUGUCGCAGUGAACGAAACUGGCAAUUGGCUCUACAGCUUUUGCGGAGAUGUCCAGGCAAUGUGGUUGCCUGCAGCGCUGCCAUUGCAGUUCUGGAGGCAGAUGGGCGUUGGCGAGAUGCCUUGGCAUUGCUGGAGAAGAUGCAGAGGACCGGUCCAGCGCCGAAUGUGGUCACCUACAACUCGCUGAUCAGCGCCUGUGGCAAGGGACAGCAAUGGCUCCAUGCUAUUCAUCUUUUGGCUGAAGCGCGGCAGGCCAAGCUUCGGCCAGGUAUCGUUGCUCUUAACUCAGCCACCACUGCUUGCGAGAAAGGCCGCCAAUGGCAACAUGCAGAGCAACUGCUCAGGAAUGGAGAGGCAGCAGGCCUCAAGCUUGACAUUAUUGGUUUCUCUGCAGCCACAAGUGCAUGUGAGAAAGGGUGGGAGUGGAACCGAGCAGUGGGGCUGCUCCAAGAAAUUCGCCAACGGCAGCUGCUAGAGGUUGUUUCCUGCAACGCUGCACUGAGUGCAUGUGGGCAGUGCAGCCAGACCAGAGCUGCCUUGGCAAUCUUUCGUUCCAUGCGCAAGGAGAGCAUUUACCCGAGCCAGGUGUCCUACAAUGCAGCCAUGUCAGCAUGCUCUGCAGGUGGCCGAGACAAGGAAGCAUUAGAGCUCCUUGCUGAGAUGCAUCAUACCCGUUUCAGCCCGGACCUGACCACGUACAACUGUGCUGCGACUGCCUGUGGAAGGGCCUACAGGCUGGGGAGCGCUCUGACCUUGAUAGAAGAAGCAGAGCAAUCUCGGCUAAAGCCAGAUGUGCUUAGCUUCCUAGCUUUGGUACCAGCCCUGGGAUGUUCAGCCGAACCGAAUUUGAGACUCGCCUUCGCUUUGGAUCAGGCAGAGGCUAUCCUCGGCGACAAGCCUCCAGAUCUGCCAAACGCCUUGGGGCUGAGUUUGGCACUUGCAGAGGCCCUGGCAUCCGAAGAACGAUUGCACGGUGGAAGCUUGCAGCAGCUUCACAAGUCGAGGUACAAACUUGCCUACCAGAAGUUGCAUUGCUUGACCAGCAGCUGGCCGUCUCCUGCGGAACGGCUCCAGGACCCUGUGCUGGAGAAGCAAAACAGCUUAGGUGCCUUUUUCACAGCCGCAUCACUGACAGACCUUUGGCUGGGCCCAACAAAACAGAGUUGGGUAGAUGUUCCGAGAAUCAACUGCCGUAGAGCGCUGCAAGACAAAGGUUUGAUGACAUACAGCACAGAGCCUCUGGCGCAGCACUUGUCACACCUCUCAGCUGCCUGGUUGGCGAAUGUCGGUGAAGAAGAAGAGAUCACUUGGGUGUUGGUCACUUAUUUGAUCGGGCCCAUUUGGCUAGCGGCUAGCAGCAGUCAAUCUGGUCUUUGUUUGGACAUUCAUGUGUACCCAGACUCAUAUUUACAUGAUCGAAUGCACGGUGUCUCACAGAAGGCCGGCUUGGGCUGCUGGAACUUUCAGCGGUUCCUCCUGGACUUUUGGCAGUGGUGA